AUGGCUUCGCAACGUGACACGUCUACUAUCUGUAUAUUUGAUGUCGAUGGAACUCUCACGGCUCCAAGACUCAAAGUUUUACCAGAUAUGGAGGAAUUUCUUCAAAAAUUAAAAAGUAAAGUCCAUGUGGCUUUAGUAGGAGGUUCAGAUCUGGUGAAGAUAGAGGAACAGAUGGAUCCAACUAAAAAUGAUACAGUCACAAAGAAAUUUGACUAUGUUUUCUCUGAAAAUGGUCUAGUUGCCUUCAAGGAUGGUGAAAAAGUUGGCCAAGAGAAUCUUCUGAAUUACGUCGGAGAGGAAAAGUUACAGAAAGUCAUCAAUUUUGCCAUGAAAUACAUGUCAGCAAUUACAUUGCCAGCCAAAAGAGGAACGUUCUUUGAAUUUCGCAGUAGUAUGAUCAACAUUUGUCCCGUUGGCAGAAGCUGUUCACAGGCAGAGAGGCUUCAAUUUGCGGCUUAUGAUAAGGAGCAUAAUAUGAGAGAGACGUUUCGGGCAGCCCUCAUGAAAGAAUUCCCUGAUGCAGGUCUGGUGUUUGCCAUUGGUGGCCAGAUCAGUAUAGACGUGUACCCUGUAGGCUGGGACAAGACUUUCUGUCUGAAGUUUAUAGAAAAGGGAAAUUACAAAACAAUACAUUUUUUUGGAGACAAAACAGAUCCAGGUGGCAAUGACCAUGAGAUAUUCAGUGAUCCACGGACAAUUGGACACAAAGUAACCAGUCCUGAAGACACUAUGAAACAGGUGUCAGAACUGUUCUUCAAAGACUGAACUAUCUAGUACCAUUGUGACUGUGAAAUCUCACACACAGCUUCAUUUUGUCAACAAUGCUGCCACCAGGGAAAAUACAGCUUUAUAUUAGAUGGUGUCAAAUUUGGUAAAUAAUGGAGGGUUUUAAUUAGGUGAUUCAUAAAUAGCUGUUCUUUCUUGGUGUGUGGUUUCUAAUUUCACAUAGAUGUUUGAAUUUUUGUGUAGAUACUAUUUAUUUUAACACCUUUUAGUAUGCCUCUACUGAGGAACAUGUUAUGGACAUAGAUAUUCCUGUAAGAAAGAGAUUAUAUGUUGCAUUUCAUAAUUAGGUAGAGAAUGUAUUAUAGAUAUGUUUAUUUUAGUGUAAUCAAAUUUGAGCUCAUCGUCAAUUUUCAACAAAUUAGUGCAAUGAUGAAUUGGCACAUAAGCAAUAGCGUAUUCAAUCUAAUAAGCGCCCAGGGCACUUUAAAAAUUGCAAUUAAGGGGGGCGCUUAUCAGAAACCAUCUUAGAUGUAAAAGAAACACAUUCAGUACUAAAAAAUCUACUGUACGGUUCAUGUAUUUAUAAAAUCACUAGUUUUUUAUAUGCAAUAAAACCAUCUUAGAUCAUCUUAGAUAUAAAAAGUUUUUUUUACGUUUUCACGUUUUUCUGGAGUACAUCUCCUUAUAAACGACUUAAAACAAUUCCUGAUCGUGACUAAAAGGUAAGUAAAUCUAGACUUUUAGGUAUCUGAUGGGGGAGGAGGCAUUUAUAGGGACAUGGGCACUUAUUGGGUCAAAUACGGUAAUUACUAUAAUGCAAUACAGAAAACUGCAAUCAUAUGUUAGUACAAUGCUUGUAAAAAUGCUGAAGUAAGAUUACUACUAAAAUAUGUAUGUUAGAGUAUUGAAAUACUACCUGGUGAAAGAUUGGUACUAUAUAUAUAUCUAACAAUAGGCCUAUGCCUGUAAUUAACAAGCUAGUUGUCUAGGAAUAAACCGUCCCUCUAGGAGGUUAUCUGUUGGCAUCUUUGGCUUAUUGCAGGAUAGAGAUGGUAGAUACAUUUCUGUUCAAUGGAUAACAUCAAUUCAUGUACAAGUGAUGUGUUAUACACUAGGUCUAUAUCUGUGUAACAAGAGGGACAUGUACUGUUAAAAUAAGUGAAUGUUUUUGUAUGCAAGAGUAACAUGGUUUGGUACAAUAGUGUGCUUAAAAGUGACAUGUUUUGGUACCAAAGAUCAAUCGAUGUGUACGAAAGUUUUGGAACAUUUCAAGAUAGUUAGGUAUACCUGUGUUCACAUGAGUUUUGUGUUCUGGUACAACUGAUUAAGCUAAUCCGCCAACUGUUUUCACACACAGCAACUGUAUGCAUAUUUUCUCAGGUAUUUUACAAAUAUAUAAUGUCAGAAUUUAUGCUGAAAUCCACAAACCUAUUCCAUGGAAUAUAAUAUAUUUGAUUAGCAUUUUGACAAGUAUUUUGUAUUAUAAAUCAGACUAGGAAAUGAAGAUUGUAUUGUACAUUCUCCUUCAUUUUCUUAAUCCCUUCACUGGAUUGCGUGGCCCAAAAUAACCUUAUGGUUCUGAUAUUAUCUGGAUAUUUAAUGUUCCAAUAGUGAUCUUGUAAACUGUACAGGUUUGUAAUGGUGCCAAUAUUUAAAUAUCUAUCUAUAUAAUGUCCUGGUAGUAUUUGUUCUGUACAUAUAAAUGUAUAUAUAAAACACAUUAACAGUCAACCAAGAUGGUUUUGUUUUUGACAAACACUGUACAGGUAAAAAGAACAGUUUUGGAAUUUUCAUAACGCAAAGCAUUUAAAUUUGAACAUCUAAUGAAUUUUAGCACUUUGAAACAGAUAUGUUCAACAUCACAGUAUUAACAUAUUUUCUCUACCUGUGCUUUUUAGCAUAAUUUAUUCCUUGAACUUCCUUGAAUCUCGAAAUUAAACAUCAAUAACUGGUGUACUUGUGUUUUAGAAUGUUGUAAACAUUACAGUUUAAUGUGAAGAAGAAAGCAUCAGUAUGCAGAUAACAACACCUGGAAAAUAUUUUUGAUGCAGUAGAAAAAUGCUUUAGAGAACGCUUCGUAAAUUCCAUAUUUAAGAUUUCAUGUGGUUAUAACAUCUCCAGAAUGAUAAUGUGAAAAUUCAACAAAUUAACCUAGCAGAAAUAUAGUUUCUAUUUUGUGAAUUAUAAUGCCUUCUGUGAAAAUUAUAGAUCUUGUCAGAAUUAACAAAAUGGAGACUGAAACUUAAAGUAUAUCCUGAAACUGUGUUCCACUUGUAAACUGGUAUUCAGGACAGUGAAUUUUAUAUUAGUGCUAAACAUUGGUGAUACAAGGAAAACAACUGUUGCUGUUAUAUACUGUGUUUUUUUGUAAGAUAUAUGACGUGGGUGAAGUGUUGGACAUAACUUGAGUUUGCAUUCAUAAUUAUUAUUUAUUUUGUUUUGGAAAAGUUUAUUUUUAUAACAAUCUAUCUUCAAAAUUUUAAUUAAAUUGGUGUCACUCUUUAAA